GGCGGAUGUGGGCGAGGGGUCUCUUGUGCCUUCAAUAAUGCUACGCUGGUAGUGGGCUCUCUGUGCAUAUCUGCGCUGCAUACGGCAGUUCGCUGCCACACGGUUGCAGAAGCAAUAUUGGUCUUAUUUGGCGUCGAAGCUUGGAAGGUGGGCUGGCGUCUGGUUCUGUCUGAAGCAUGCUCUUCGCCUGUGAACUGUCAUUAAUUGUCCCGACCCAAGUGCGUGUUCAUGACACAUGGCCGUGUCCACCGUGACCUGUACGAUGGAGGCUUAAACGGCUGCGAGAUGGAGGUUGAAAGAGUUUUCUCCUCGAACGAGUUGUCACCUCCGCGAAUAAUAUCCACCACGUUGCACUGGGGUUUCCGCAAUCAAAUAUUGGUGAAGCAUGACACAAAGGAAUCGAUCACAAAAUCGAGUUCCGAGGGAUCGAAGCGAAGGGUCCGCGAAAGAACAGACUGGACUCCAAAAAAACUGUCCAACAACCAGAGACCAACGACCAACGCGGCGGAUCAGAUCCCUGACAGGCCGCAGCGAAGCCCCAUCGCGUAUUCCAUGUUAGUGCCACCGGCCCAGGGCGGCCGAGGCGUCUGUGUUGCUGCGUCUGCAGCCUGCAUCUUGUAUCCGUACGCAGUACCCGCUAGUGUUGGCAGGCCUUGUGCGGCGGCAAGCACACGAUCGUCGCGAGUACAGCAGCUUGCAAAGCAAACUGUAGCACAAGAGGUCCUGCCAUCUGCCUGCAAAGCUUGCAGUUCUGUUUCUUCUGCCAUUGUCAUUUCCUCUCAUGACAGUAUCGGUGACCGUCAAGUCUCAAGAAGUGAUCUCUGCGGCAGAUGGCAGCUUUCUGUCUCGGCACUGCUUGUCUGGAUUUGUGCCAUGUGUGUCUUUGGCGUGCUCAUGUUUUUGUAUGUGGACUGGAUAUGUGGAUUAUGUAUCCGCACUCCGUACGGUCGCAUGCGUCGCGCUCUCUGCACCAUGUUGCAAUUUGUCGACGCACCCUAUGCUUGCUGCUCCUCCGGCUCUUGA